GUCCCGCCGGCCCCCGCGCUCACCAACAUGGCGCUGGUGCUGGCGGCCGAGCGGGGCCGCUGCUGCCUCUGGGCGCUGCGGCGUCAGCGAUGGAAUCAAGUACAAAGAUUUGUGAAAUGGGCCUCAACGAUAGGCGGUCACAACAUAGGGAAGAUUCUUAUUGCAAACCGAGGAGAAAUUGCAUGCAGAGUGAUGCGAACAGCAAAGAAAAUGGGUGUGAAGUCUGUAGCAGUUUAUAGUGAAGCAGACAGAAAUUCAAUGCAUGUAGCAAUGGCAGAUGAAGCAUAUUGCAUUGGUCCAGCACCCUCACAGCAGAGUUACUUGGCCAUGGAAAAAAUAAUGCAGGUGGCCAAGGUCUCAGCAGCACAGGCUAUUCAUCCAGGUUAUGGUUUCCUCUCAGAAAACACAGAGUUUGCAGAAUUGUGCAAGCAAGAGGGAAUCAUCUUCAUAGGUCCGCCUUCAUCUGCUAUCAGAGAUAUGGGUAUUAAGAGUACUUCCAAAGCUAUAAUGUCGGCUGCUGGCGUUCCUGUUGUUGAAGGUUAUCAUGGAGAAGAUCAAUCAGAUGAGUGUCUAAAGGAACAUGCCAAGAGAAUAGGAUAUCCAGUAAUGAUUAAAGCUGUUCGUGGAGGUGGAGGAAAGGGCAUGAGAAUUGCUCACUCAGAAAAGGAGUUUCUGGACCAACUAGAAUCAGCUAGGAGAGAAGCAAAGAAGUCUUUCAAUGAUGAUGCAAUGCUGAUUGAGAAAUUUGUAGAUAAUCCAAGGCAUGUUGAAGUCCAAGUAUUUGGUGACCAGCAUGGCAAUGCAGUCUAUUUGUUUGAAAGAGACUGCAGUGUGCAAAGAAGACAUCAGAAGAUCAUUGAAGAGGCACCAGGGCCAGGAAUUAAUCCAGAAGUUCGAAGGAGACUUGGAGAAGCUGCUGUCAAAGCAGCUAAAGCAGUGAAUUAUGUGGGAGCAGGAACAGUGGAAUUUAUUAUGGACUCCAAACAUAAUUUUUACUUCAUGGAGAUGAAUACCAGACUGCAAGUAGAGCAUCCAGUUACAGAGAUGAUCACUGGAACAGACUUGGUGGAAUGGCAACUUAGGGUUGCAGCAGGAGAGAAGAUUCCCCUAAUGCAGGAAGACAUUGUGCUCCAGGGCCAUGCAUUUGAAGCUAGAAUAUAUGCUGAAGACCCUAAUAAUAACUUUAUGCCAGGGGCUGGGCCAUUGCUGCACUUAACCACCCCACCACCUGAUAGUUUCACCAGAAUAGAAACUGGAGUCAGACAAGGUGAUGAGGUUUCUGUUCAUUAUGAUCCAAUGAUUGCAAAGCUAGUUGUUUGGGCUGAGGAUCGUCAAGCAGCACUGAGAAAGUUGCGAUACAGUUUGCAUCAAUAUAAUAUUGUAGGAUUAAGCACCAACAUUGAUUUCUUACUGAGCCUGUCGGGACACCCACAGUUUGAGGCUGGAAAUGUGCACACUAAUUUCAUUCCUCAACACCAUGAUGAACUAUUUCCAACCAAAAAGGCAACCCCACACGAAGUUAUGUGUCAGGCAGCUCUAGGACUCAUACUGAAAGAGAAAAUGCUAACAGAUGCUUUUAGAGAUCAGUCAGAUGCUGAAUUCCCAUACUUUCUUGUCUGUUCAAGGAUGUGUUCAUGGAGAACAGUCAAUAUCCUUCUUAAUAAAUUCUCACCAUUUGCAUCCAGCACUGGUAGAAGAAUAAAUAUAUGUUAUACUAGAAAACUGUCUCUGCUGGAUGGGGAAAACAUUGUGGAUGUAGCUGUAAGUUACAAUCAAGAAGGGUCAUACAAAAUGCAGAUUCAAGAUGAAAUGUUCCUGAUAUCUGGAGAGAUCUUCAAUGAAGGUGAUUCAGUUUACUUGAGGUCUUCAGUAAAUGGAACCGUGUGUAAGUCCAAAUUGGUCAUUUUGGACAACACCAUUUAUCUCUUCUUUCCGGAAGGUAGCGCUCAGAUUGGCCUUCCUGUACCCAAGUACUUAUCUGCAGUGAGUUCAGUGGGAAUGCAAAGUGGUGCUGUAGCGCCCAUGACAGGCACAGUUGAAAAGGUGUUUGUGAAAGCAGGGGAUAAGGUUAAGAUCGGAGACCCUCUAAUGGUUAUGAUAGCUAUGAAAAUGGAGCAUACCAUAAGGGCUCCAAAGGCAGGAGUGAUUAAAAAGGUUAAUUUCCAAGAAGGUGCCCAGGCCAAUAGACACGCUCCGCUAGUUGAAUUUGUGGAUGAAGAGGCCGAGUCAAAAUAAAAGUCAAGGAGGGUGCAUUUUAUUUUUUCUACUUUGCUGAUUUUCUCUCAGGAGAAGAUUUCUUCGUAUUUUCAGCAAACUGUUUUGUAUAAUAGAGUGGGGAAUUGGUUUCCUCUGCACUUUCUGCAUAGUUUGACUGUAAAUUAUGCUGACUUUACUGAAAUCUGGAUAUCACUAUACUGUAAUUGUAUAUAUAACUCGUGGACCUAUGUGAUUGUUGUUCAGUGGUUAUGUUUGCCUGUGAAAAGUCAUUAGACUGGAAAAAAGAUGCGGAACUCUUAAAGGACGGGAGAGGUUAGUAAGGACUGUAAGUUACAGACUGCUAGGGUUCUUCUGCCUACUUUUUCAUUCACAGCUGCCUUUUUUCUGUGAGAUGCGAGAGCCUUGAUUUGAAGGUAAUCUGAAAAGUGACAAUUGUUUUAUGAGUUCAUUUCUUUGGCAAAAUUCCUGUUUGUGGUUAUGGUUUUGCCUGAAUAGGGAAUUCAGGAUUGUUCCUUAGCCCAGGAUGCCUCUCAGUCAUUUUUGGUGCAUCUUUUUUCCCAUUUACCUCAAUGAGUAGUAAAAAUUUGCAUUUCAAAAAUUAUUUUAAUAUACCUUGAAAUAUCUGAUACAAAGCAUUUUUCAGAUACAUAUUAGCAUUUGCUAUGCUAAUCAAAGUUGGAACAUAAUUGCUUUCCAAAAAUAUAAUUUGAUCUUUAAACAUGAAGUAGUAGCUCAAAGAUGAUAAGCUUAUUUAAUACUUUUAAAAGUGUGCCAAAAUAAAAUACUGACUUCAAAAUCCUCAUUACUUUUCUCAUAUUGUUCAUGUUCUAGUAUAUCACUUAUUGGCUGGAAUGAAGUAUACCGAAGUCUUUAUAACAACAUGAAAUAUUACUAAGAAUGAUUUUUUUUUUUUUUUGUAUCUGCAGUAUUGCAGAAGGGAAAAUUGGUAGGUUUUUUGAUGGGCAAAGAAAAUAUUUCUUAAAUGCAGCAUACUGAUCAUUUGCCAUAAAUUUAUUUUAACUUGUUUAAAAAGCACCUCAGAGAAACAGGAAAAGGAAAAGAAAAAAUACGCUUUAAUUGUUGCAAACUUGCAAAAUCUUUUCGCCUUUUAGUUAAGGUGAAGUUCUGCUUGUCAUAUGAACUUUUUAUAUACUAAUUUAAGAUGAUAGUAUUGUUUAUACUGCAGAAAGGAAUAAACACAGAUGCUGCAGUGAUCCCAAACUUGUAGUUACAUCUGUGCAAAUGGAUCCUUAUACUUACCUGAAAUCUCAUUUCUGAAUCAAUAUACAAUGUCAUGGGGAAUUCUCUGAUCUGAUUCCUGUAACUGUGCAGCCUUGCCUGCAAUGCAGACAAAAAUUGUAAAAAAGUAAUGGCUCUGGAUGGUCUGUAUAUUAAAAGCAUACAGUAACACUUUUAAAUUUUCCUUGUAAUCCAAUAGCCACCUAACAAAAAAACUACACUUCACUGAUCGUCUUGUAGAAUAUUGCCACAGUGAUUUUUAUUUACUGCAAAAUAAAAAUUAAGCUUAAUUUUGAAAAUUUGUUUUCAUUUUUCUCAAUUUUGUUCUUUCCUUGGUUGCUUAUGUUUAUGCAUUAGAGGGUUUUAAGCAGCUGUUUAUGUAUCAUCAGCUGAUAUCUGACAGACCACAAUCUGCAGAUCGCAUUUAGGAGGCAGUAAUCCAGACAGUGGUAAUGGGUUUCACUGCAGGUAAGUAACUCACAGCAUGAGGUUCUCUGUCCACUAAGUCUGCACUGCUUGCUUCAGCCAGCUAGUAAAACAAGAACAUGUUCCUUGGAAGCUGACAAAAUGUCCUCCCUUAGGAAUGGAGACAAAUAAUUUUACCAGUUUUAAUUUCCCCUCACUUCUGAAAAUUAGCUGUUAGUUUUUUUCUCUGUAGGUUUCCACUGAGAUUGAUUUUUCAAAUAGUGAUGGUUUUGUUUAUUUCAGAAUAAAAUUUCUUGCGGAAUUCACUGUCAGAAUUUGCACACUUGGAAGUGUUUUGCUGCAAUGUGAUUUAACUGAACUUAGAGAUGCACAAAGAAUUAUUAGAGAUAAGGUGUUCCUGUAACCCAGAAUUUUAAUUUGCAAAAUAUUCAGAAAUUUUCUGUUUAUUACAAAUAAAUCCUUGUGUUAUUAAUGUGAAUUGAUAAGAGCCAUAUGAUAGUAACAUAGCUGUAACUAAACUGUUGUCUAUAGAACACUUAAUGGUAGAGUAAAAAAGAAAAAAAUUGGUAAUUGUUUAAAAUGCAAUAUUUUAGUAUUUGAGCUAAAAGGAUAAUCUCUGCCAGUUAUUCAUUAUCAAUAUACCUUUUCAAAUAGUGCUGUAGUUCUGAUACAAGAGUCAUAGAUAUUAUAGAAAUAAUGAAUCUGAACUGAUUCUAAUUGUAAUGAUCUACUCUUGCUGCCAGAGGAGAGAGGGGACCAGCUCACAGGAUAUGUAGUUCAGCCACAGUUGAUAGUCUACAGGAAAGAAUGAGGGCGUUAGUGUUCCAGACUGGCUUCUGGGAGACAGGAUCAGAGAGUAACACCCUCAGUGAGCUUACUGGUCAGCUUGUUAUAUCAGGUAUGUAACGUCCUGCUUGGUAGUGUGCAUGUUGCCAUACCAAAAUGACAGUCCAUCAUAAAUGUUAGUUAUCUGCCUGUGGGGAUCUCUGUCUCUCUUGCACUCUUCAGCUGCUGUCAAUUGCUAUAGCUUAUACCCAGGGAAGAUCUGUGGCAUUGAGCCUGAAUUCAUGCUCAAUCAGUGAUUAGGACACAGGGAGUGGAAAGCAGGAGAGCAGGACUGUGUUUUUAUUUCAGCCACUGACUCACUGUGACUUCAGGCAAGUCACUCAGUAGAUACUUGCCUGUAUUUCCUCCUAUUUAAUGAGGUUGAUGGUAAUCAAAACACUGCAAAAUUUGUGGACACAGUGAUUUAUAAAUAAUUAUUUUCCAUGCUUGCUGGUAAAAUUGUAAUUUCAGAUGUAAACUAUUUUUACUUGUAAGGUUAUUUUUUUACCUUUUAUACAGUAAAUAUCUAUACCAGUGAAUUGUAAAAAAUAGUUUCCAAUGUGUAUUGAAUCCUUUGUUGCAAUGGUUGUACUAGCUAGUUACCAGAAAAUCCUAGCUUCUGUCUUCAUGAUAAUUAAAAAAUGAAUACUCAAGUGUUUUGGCAGGACCUUUAAAACUUAGUCAAUGGUAGGAGAAAAAAAAAAAAAAGUUGAUCUGAGGACACUAUUCUUUUAUUAAAACAACUUGUACCUAUUAUAAAGGGCAUAUCAACCAGUGCACUUAUCACAGGUGUAUUAAUUUCUGUUGAUUAUUCAUCUGUUCAGUCAGAUCAGGAAUUAUUUGACUGUGUUCUAUCUGUUCUGUUUGUAAAAAGCUCAACAAUGCUGUGUAGAAUGUGUUUACUGAACAGUCAAUGGCAAUGGAUUAAGGUCUGAACUUACAGCUUUUACACAAGGUAUGUUCUCAACAGAUACUUUAACUGCUUGUACAGGUAUGUUCAAAAUGAUAGAUCUUUACACAUGAAUGCUUCACAGGUAAAUAUCACUUAGUAUCUUUAUGAUACUGGGGCAUAGCUGUCUGCAUAAAGAUUUCAUUUGGAAAGUAAUAUACACUACUGAAUGUCAUAUUAAAAAAAUCAAUAUUGCAGAAAUUUGUAAUUGAAACCUUGGCAUUUAUUUUUAUGUAGACUGAUUGCAUUUCUUGAAAGAAGAGAGCGUGGGUUCUAAAAGCAAUGCGAAAUAUUUUAUGAGACAUUUGAUGUUAGCUUAAAACCUCUUGAUUAUAUGAUGAAUCCAUGUUAAAAUAAAUGUGGAUGUUCUGGUUGAA